AUGGCACAAGGCGAAGACCCAGACGGUUUCUUCAUCACCGUGGAAGACGUUCGACAGCGACCGAAAGAUAUGGUAGAAAUAAUCUCGGACGAGAGGUUCGAGGACGUUAUUCUACAGGCGAUCUCCAACGACUACGACUACGUUCGCCCAACUAGCUUCCGCGUUCGCCACUUCGGGCUGGAGGAAAUCAAGACAACGAUGAAAAGCAUGUACAUCGACAGCCUGUCACGGACCUGGACGAAGUCCGUCGCCGGAAGGGGAGUAGCCAUGCCGGCAUCGAAUGGAGACAGCAUCAUCAAGUGCUUCAACUGCGGACAAUUCAGACGAGGAAACAAUCGGCUUCUCCUUUGCAUCAGUGACGGCCUCGUCGUUGAUGCCGCUGUUAGCAGCUCCACGAAGCCGGACAAGAAGAUCAAACGACUCGGGCCUAUUCGUAGCAUGCGGAGAGACUUGCGUGGCUGCAUCAGCAACUGCAGUUCUUCACCGACACAAUGGAAAAUCAACGCGAGUUCCAUCACUAUUCCGGUGGACUGCGGAUCGUCGGAGCGCUACAUGGACACCGACCUUCACCCUGGACUGAGGGAGCGAAUGCUGGGCUACGAGAUUUCGAAGGAGCCUCACAAGAUAAUCACCGCUGGAGAGAAAGUCAUCGAACGCAUGGGAAAGGACACCAUCACUGGCACCUUCAACGAUCAACACGGGGAAAAGCAGCCGGUAUCGUUCUCAGCGAUAGCGGUACAAGGACUUAGCAGGUUGGGAUACAUCAACAGCAGGAGCUUGGGUAUGCUACGGAAGAUCGACAACAACGGAGUAGACUACACCGGAACGAUGGAAGCAUGCGGCAAUGACGUAGGGAAAAGCUCACAACGCCCUCAUCUGAAGAAGGCGACGUACGACGUCUCCAGAUCUUUUCAGCUGAUUUCAACCGAUCUGAUGGGGCCAAUUUCUCCGCCAGCACUGGGAGGGUUCCGAUACGUCAGCAAGCUGGACCGCCUCAGGGGAGACAAAGAAGCGGAAUACACCUGCCUUGAAUUUCGGGAGUAUUGCCUUCAAAUCGGAGUAAAGCUGGAGUAUGCUUCAACAAACACACCACAACAAAUCGGAGCAAACGAGCGUGCGGGGCGGACCCUUGCAGCCAUGGUACGCUGCCUACUCACGGAUUCGGGAUUGCCGAAAUUCCUGUGGGGAGGGCUGAUGCAGACAGCUGUGUAUCUGAGCAAUAGAGUGCCACAUGCAGCACUGGGAAACAUCACGCCGUACAAGGCCUUGUACUGCAAGGACGCCAACCUUGGACACCUUCGGGCAAUUGGGGCCAGAGCUUUCGUACACGUCGAAACGCACACACGCGAACUUGACCCAAAGGCCUGGGAAGGAUGUCUUUGUGGAUACAGCAUGGACAGCAAAUCGUUCCACAUCUACAAUCCAGAGACAGGAAACGUCAGGGAAAGCAGGAACGUCAUCUUCGUCGAGACGCCGUCUACCAUAUCAGACCUAACGCCGAGCAACAGGGCCGGAAACGACGACUUCGGGUACACACCAGGCAACAGAUCCGAAGAAGAGAAGUUUGGAUACGAUAAAAACGACGACCUUAUGCGUGAUGUCGUCAUCUGA